CCGUUUGACAGAUUAGUACCCUCUUGGUUACAGACUUGUUCAAUCACUUGUUUCAGUCCUGGGACUAAUCUCCAUAUAGUGUCGUAUCUAAAUAAUUUAGUGUUUUUCCAUCAGUAUUUAACAAUAACUGUCUGUGAUCCGGUGUAUUUGUUCUUGCAAUGCUCUUUUGGGGUCUAUGGAAUAAAAUCAAAUUAAAAAAAUAAAUUUCUUAGGUUUACUUUCUUAAAUAUUGUCGGUUUGAUGGAAAAGUUAAUAACGUUUGGUUUGCGCGUCAAGUAAAUAACAAAGAUGAAAAAUGGAAACCCUAGGGUGGAUAUUAUAUAUAAACAAUUGGGAAGAAAGAUUUAAUCAAAACCGGUUUGUGUUCUCCAGUUUAUUUUCAGAUCAGUUGAAUCUACGGCUUUAUAGUUAUUUUUGUGAUGAUAACUCACAUUGUGACGAGGGGAAUCAGAUGGAGGAUAAGCAAAAGGAGAUUAUCGGAAUCGAUGAUAGUCAAUUGAGUGGCGGUGUUGACAUCAACCUAUCUCUUGCCCAAUCAUCUGCAACCUCUUAUACUAUCUCCCACGAGUAAGGAGUAACUCUAGCUUGUUCUUUUCUUCAUCAUAUAUCUAUGUCUGCUCUAAAAUUCGUCUGAGUUUUGUUUGUGUCUACUUUAGGGUCAUUGACGAGUUUGACAACCAUCAACCAUCUCUUCGUAUCUGGUAAGAGUAACUCUUGCUUCAUAUCUAAGUGGUAGUCUUUUGUUAAUGCAUGCUCUAUUAAUAUUCAUGAGUUUUUUUUUUCUGCUUUUUUGGUUUAUCUCUUCUGGACUCAAGCGAUCCCUUGCAAGCGUACAUGAAAGAAUAUUGUUGGAUAUGGGCCGUCAGAGCACCAGGGCCCAAGAGUCGACUCGGCCAGGCCGAAAGAGAAAAGCCCAUCCACAAGAUAUGAAGGCCCUGAGAAGAAACGUGGCCCAAGACGAGCGCCAUCAUCACCUCGAAACGGGAAGUUCACCAACUCCCCAGAGCGACCUGACACACGCCACCGAACAGCAGAAAGGAAUAGGUCGAGGCCUUUACCAUGGCGCCGAACCUACCCACUAACAGCUCCGCCGAUCACUGUAGCAAGUCAGAAAGUAAUCACGCAUCCACGAACCACGCAACUAAAUCCUAUAAAAGGGAAGGAACGCUCAGUAAACAGGGGGCAGCGAAAUAGAGAAAGAAAAGAGUUAGAGAGAUAAAGUAGAAAGAGUUAUCCUCUUCGGCUUUUGUUAAACACUUCAAUAAACGAAACCUUUGGCCCUUUCUUAAUCUCACUCAGAAUUUGUUUAGUCCUUAAUCCCUGUUACCGGAUUUAGGAUUCAACAAGUAUCAAAGGCUUGUACCAGAAAGAGAGAAUUCCAAGGAGACAGAAGCCUCUUUUCCCCAAGCUUGGUCAAUGAUCGAUUUUCCAAAUGCUAAGACUUCCCUCGACGAAGCUGAGAAAAUGUUUUCCAAGGGGUCGGCGCUUCGGCUAGUAAGAUUAAUCGAUUACUUUGCGAGUGCUUUUUCCGGAGUAUCAUUUGCGUUGGAGGACAUAUCAAAGGACCCUCUUUCGUCCACGCUGGAUGUACGUGGAAGCAUUUUCUUUUUGUAACAUUUUUAUUUUUCCUUUCUUUCUAAUCAAAAAGUCUUAGCUUUGAUUUGUGAAGCUGAAUGUGAUAAGUAUAAGAAGGCUUCUGUGACGAAGAGAUUGAGGAAUUUGAAGAGUAAAGUUGUGGAGGGAGAUGAUUUUAAUAAUGAAGAGUCCGGAGAAGUGGCUGACGUGGAAUGGCCGUUGGAGGAAGAGUAAAGGUAAAGAUAUUGAGCCAUUCAGAGUCUUUACUAUGAAAGAGAACUGAAGGAAGUAUAAAUAAGAGUUGUAUUGUUUCUACUUUGCUUUAUACUUGAUAUCAUUGUAAUUCUGUUGACGCUAUGAGUCUCAGGACGAUCGCUAUGAGAUCGUAGUACUUUGAUAUUGAGUAUUUGUAACCUGAACUUGUAUUGAGAGUUUCGUAUUGAUUGAGUGAAGAUUACAGAGUUCAUACUAUCUUAAAUCUAUCAUUGGUGCGGUGAAAAGUUUGAUUACGACGAUUCAGACUUUCCGAUGUCGACGAGCGGUUCUCCGGUGUACUCAAACAUCGGCGAUGAGGCAGAUCGGCGAGGUUUGGGAUUCGAAAAUCAAGUGGAGUUUCUCGGAGGGGCGUUCUUUCGUUUGAAUAAGGAGCAAGGUGUCGCAAACGCAGCGAUUGCGAAGGUGGAGCUGAAAACAUCUUCGAUCGAUAACAAAUUGUCAUCGUUGGAGACGACGAUGCUGAAUCUGGCUUCAUCUGUUCAAGCGAUGAUGAAAUCCGUUGGGAAAGAGCCGUUAUCCGACGAAGAUCAACAAAUAGGUUCUUCAGCUACAACUUCUCAGCUACCUCGUUCUCGCUGGGAUCAAAAUCGAGGUAGUCCGUUAGCUUUUUGAUCUGGUGAUUUUAACUUGGAAAAUCGUGAGAGUAUGUUGAAGAAAAUUGAGAUGCCGUCUUGCGAUGGGGUUAAGGUUACCGAUUGGAUUUUGGAGAUCGAAUACUUCUAUAAUCUGGGGAGGUAUAAUGAUGAAGCGAAGUUGGAUUUGGUUCCUUUAUGUCUACAUGGAGCGUUGACGAAGUGGUACGCAUGCAUGAUGCGUCGUGGAGGUUUUCGUAGCUGGAGGGAUUUCAAACAGAGAGGGUUAGUUAGAUUUUCAGAGUCUAUUGAGGAAGAACCUGAGAUGCGUUUAUUUGCUAUUAAGCAAACAUGCACAAUCCAAGAUUAUGUGUCAGAGUUUGAGGAGCUUUCUGCUCAGGUUCCGGAUCUGGCUGAUCAUCACUUGGAGCAUUUCUUCUACAAUGGUUUAAACGUGGAAAUGAAAGAAGUUAUUCGUAUGAAAGAUCCUCAGGGUUUAUCAAAUUUCAUUGCGGCAGUGUUAAGAAUGGAGACAAGCACUUUCUGUAAGGUAUUGAGUGAAGCACCGAAGGGUGAUUCAAGUCAACAACGUGUGGCAGUGAAUUCUUCUGCGCGUUCUGGGAAUACAUAUAACAAUCAUGCUCGCUUUACCUCAGAUAAACAGAAGUUAUUGACGAAUGAUUCGAGAUCACAGAAGGAGAAUUCACAUCCCAACAUAUCUUCUCAACGUCCUCGACAAAGACAUUCAUAUGCGGAGUUGGAUCAAAUGAGGAGGAAUGGCAUUUGUUUCAAGUGUGGGGAUAAAUGGUCGAAGGCUCAUGAGGCCAUUUGUCCUAACAAGGAGUUCUGUAUACUCUGGUUCUGAAUAGUUUUGAAGUAGAGUUAUGGGAGGAUUGAAAAGGAGAGGAGAGCGCCAUGUUUCCUGUCUCACAGACGGAGCUGAAGACUUUGUCUACUGAUGCUUUUUUCGGGGUUGAUUCCCCCCAAAACCACGAGGUUACAUGGCAGAAUUGGUAAUUUGGAGGUGAUAGUCAUGCUCGAUAGCGGAGCUUCCCACAAUUUUAUCUCACCAUUGGUUGUGAAGAGGCUACAUUUGAAAGAAUGUGCUGCAAGUAGCCUUGACGUGUUGCUAGGAAACGGGGUGAUUGUAAAGGGCAUAGGCGUAUGUCUAGCAGUUCCUUUUAAGUUAGACUCAACUAGCUUCACGUCUGACUUCAUCUCCUUGGAAUUGGGAUCGAUUGAUGUGAUUCUUGGCGUGCAAUGGCUGGAAACUCUUGGCACAUGUGAGGUUGACUGGAAGAAGCAGAUGUACUCAUUUGUCCAUGAAGGAGAGAAAGUGAUUCUGUAUGGUGAUAGAAGUUUACAUAGGUAACCGGUAUCUCUGAAAGCUUUGCAACCAUCAUGCGCAUCUAAUGUUAAUCUGAGUGAACUUCUUAACAUUAUCCCUGCCAUGAC